AUGAAAAUACUUCUCCUCCUUCUCUGUGCUCCAAUGUUCUGCUCCGCGUGGACUGGCGCCGUCCACGUCACCGGACGCUUGAUGUGUGGCCCGUCGCCAUAUCGCGGAGAGAAAGUGCAAAUUUGGGAUCCCAAUUUUUUGAUCGGCUACUCUCUCUGGUCCGAAGUAUCCACCGACGAAUCCGGCUACUUCUCCAUCAAAGGCGCCGGGGACGACUGGUCAGGUGUGAAUCCAUUCCUCUGGAUCCCCAAUUACUGUGGGAGUUCCACAUAUGUGGAUAAGCAGUGUACAGAGGGAUUAAUUCAGGUGAAUGUCCCCGAGGAGUUUAUCAGUGGGACACAUACACCAAGCAUGACGUUUGACCUGGGGACCGUGGACAUUUUCCGUUUCAAGCAAUCCGAUCGGUUCUGGCUCAGCUCGAUUUUCGGAGCGUCUAAAGAGUGCAGAUAUGUCUGA